CUCGCGGAGUAAAACACCGGCCAUUUUUCUCCAUUUAUAGCAGGACACUUUGUGCUUGGGUAGUGCAGCCGAGAGUGUUGCGAUUACUUUGAUAAGCCUACAAGUUUUGGCAAGUUUAAUUUAGUUAUCCAAGCAUCCAAACUAACAACAAACCGAACACAAACCAUGUUUGUGUGUAGCGCUGCAAAGUUUUUUCGCUGACAUCCUCGUCCGGAUAGAUGCUUGUCUAAACUGUCGCACAAAUGGAAAUGGUGCCUAGCGAGGAGAACCAGUUCGUACCCAAAGAGGGUGUAUUUUGGAGUUGCAGACAGAGUAUUUUUGAUGAAAUGAAGCGGCUUUCUCAGAUCCAGAAUGCAGCCGAGGAGCCCAGAGUGCUGUGUAUAAUUCAGGACAUCACCAGCGCAAAGACGGUCAAUGAGAGGCUGACCCUCAACCUGCCUGCUUCCACCACCCUCUCCAAACUUUAUGAAGACGUUGCCCAUAAAGCGGGAUAUGUGAAUGGCACUUUUGACCUUGCCUGGGGGAAUACACCAGAUAUGGCACCGCUGGACCACAGCAGUGAGAUGUCCCUCUCAGAUUCGGCCUUUGAGCCGGGCGGUAAGAGGAAUUUCCUCCAGCUUACAGACAAAGAUGGAGAGCAGCCCCAGAUUGCAUCGGAUGAGUCCGGAACAGCAGAUAGCAGUGGAAUGGACGACAGCUCCCAGGAGCGAUUUAUUGGGCCCCUACCAAGAGACGGCACUGCAGGCUGCAGUGGUGACUACAGCAGUCCAUCUUACUCCUACUCAUCCAUCCUUAACAAAUCUGAGACGGGCUACGUUGGUUUGGUUAACCAAGCAAUGACCUGCUAUUUGAACAGUCUUCUGCAAACACUGUUCAUGACCCCAGAAUUCAGGAAUGCCCUCUACAAUUGGGAGUUUGAGGAGUCAGAAGAGGAUCCAGUUACCAGUAUCCCCUACCAGCUGCAAAGGCUGUUUGUUCUCCUGCAAACUAGUAAGAAACGAGCAAUUGAGACCACUGAUGUGACGCGAAGCUUUGGCUGGGACAGUAGCGAGGCUUGGCAGCAGCAUGAUGUCCAGGAGCUGUGUAGGGUCAUGUUUGAUGCCCUGGAGCAGAAAUGGAAGCAGACAGAGCAGGCCGACCUGAUCAACCAGUUGUACCAGGGGAAGCUGAAGGAUUAUGUCCGUUGUCUGGAGUGUGGCUAUGAGAGCUGGAGGAUUGACACUUACCUGGACAUCCCUCUUGUAAUCAGACCCUUCGGAGCCAGUCAGGCCUAUGGCAGUGUGGAGGAGGCUUUGCAGGCAUUCAUCCAGCCAGAAACUCUGGAUGGACCCAAUCAGUACUUCUGUGAACGCUGCAAAAAGAAAUGUGAUGCCCGGAAGGGUCUGAGGUUUCUGCACUUUCCCUACCUGCUGACCUUACAGCUGAAAAGGUUUGAUUUUGACUACACCACUAUGCAUCGCAUCAAACUUAAUGACCGCAUGACCUUCCCUGAAGAGCUUGACAUGAGUCCAUUCAUUGAUGUGGAAGAUGAGAAGUCGCCUCAGACAGAGAGCUGCACUGACAGUGGAGCAGAGAAUGAAGGCAGUUGCCACAGCGACCAGAUGAGCAACGAUUUUUCCACCGAUGAUUGUGUGGAUGAGGGCAUCUGUUUGGACAGCACGAGCAGCACGGAGAGGGUGCUGAAGCCAAAGAGUUUGCUGACCUUUGAGCUGUUCUCUGUUAUGGUCCAUUCUGGGAGCGCUGCUGGUGGCCACUACUAUGCCUGUAUCAAAUCUUUCAGUGAUGGCCAGUGGUGCAGUUUCAACGAUCAGCAUGUUAGCAAGAUCACCCAGGAUGAUAUCAGGAAGACAUAUGGGGGGUCCUCAGGGAACAGAGGCUAUUACUCCAGUGCCUUUGCGAGCUCGACAAAUGCAUAUAUGCUCAUAUAUAGACUGAAAGAUCCCUCAAGGAAUGCAAAGUAUUUAGCUGCAGAAGACUUCCCAGAGCACAUAAAAAGUUUGGUUCAGAAGGAGAAAGAGUCUGAAGAGCAAGAAAAGCGACAAAGAGAGAUCGAACGCAACACUUGCAAGAUAAAGCUUUUCUGCAUGCAUCCUGUGAAGAUGAUGAUGGAGAGCAAGUUGGAAGUGCACAAAGACAAGACUCUUAGAGAAGCAACAGAAAUGGCCUACAAGCUGAUGGAGCUGGAAGGAGUCGUCUCUCUGGACUGCUGUCGCCUGGUAAAGUAUGACGAGUUCCACGAGUACCUGGAGCGUUCCUACGAAGGCGAGGAGGACACACCGAUGGGCCUCCUGCUGGGUGGAGUCAAGUCCUCAUACAUGUUCGACUUGCUUCUAGAGACACGCAGGCCAGAGCAAGUGUUCCAGCCGUACAAACCUGGAGAGGUGAUGGUGAAGGUCCAUGUUGUGGAUCUGAAGAGUGAGACCAUCGCCUCUCCCAUCAGUGUUCGGGCAUAUUUGAACCAGACGAUCACUGAAUUCAAACAGCUUAUUGCACAGGCUACAGGGCUAUCUGCAGAAACCAUGCGCGUGGUCCUGGAGCGCUGCUAUAAUGACCUCCGGCUCCUCUGUGUUCCAAACAAGACACUGAAAGCUGAGGGCUUCUUCAGGAGUAACAAGGUUUUUGUAGAAAGCUCUGAGCUGACGGAUCAUCAGGUUACUUUCACUGACUCACUGUUGUGGAAACUGUUGGAUCGUCAUGGGAACACAAUCCGACUGUUGGUCUUACUGCCUGAACAGUCUCCUGGUACUCUGGCCAACAGAACUCUUUGCCAAAAAGUAGGAGGUGACUCUGAUGCACCCUUUGAGGGUUCAAAGGGUAACAGGAAAUCUGUAGAGGCUAUCCUCGAGGAGAGCACAGAAAAGUUAAAGAAUCUGUCUCUGCAGCAGCAGCAGGGCUCCAGCACCAGUGACAGCCAGAAAAGCUCUGACGCCAGCGACUUCGAACAUAUCGAAUCUCCAACCCAAGAGGUUGACUCAAACUCUUCGCUCUGUGUAGCUGCAGACAACAGAGAGUUGGAGAACCGGCUCAGAGCCACAGUGGGGGGUGCUGGCGGUGCCUCGUCUGACCCCGAGAACCACUUUGCCUGUGAGGAGCGAUCGGACUCUGAGGUGAACAAUGACCGCAGCACCAGCUCAGUGGACAGCGACAUACUGAGCUCCAGCCACAGUAGUGACACACUGUGUAAUGCAGACAGUGGUCCCAUCCAGCUGGCCAACGGCCUGGACUCGCACAGCAUUACAAGUAGCCGACGCUCCAAAGCUCACGAGGGCAAAAAAGAGACCUGGGACACUGCUGAAGAAGACUCCGGAACAGACAGCGAGUAUGACGACAAUGGAAAGAGCAAGGCCGAGGCUCAGUACCUGUACUUCAGAGCAGAGCCUUGUUCUCAGGAUGAUGCAACAUGGGAUACACAAAAAUGUUUAGUGGUUCAUGUGGACAAGAGAAUAACAUUAGCAGCAUUCAAGCAGAACCUGGAGCCCUACGUAGGAGUCACCUCGACCCAGUUCAAGGUGUUUCGGGUGUACGCCAACAACCAGGAGUUUGAGAGUGUACGACUCAAUGAAACACUCUCAUCAUUCUCUGACGACAACAAGAUAACCAUCCGACUAGGAAGAGCCUUGAAAAAGGGUGAAUACAGAGUUAAAGUGUAUCAACUACUGGUGAAUGAACCAGAGCCCUGCAAGUUCCUCGUGGACACAGUGUUUGCCAAGGGCAUGACUGUCAGACAGUCCAAAGAGGAGCUGCUUCCUCAGCUGAAAGAGCAGUGCAAGCUUGACCUCAGCAUCGACAGAGUUCGUCUCAGGAAAAAGACAUGGAAGAAUCCGGGCACAGUGUUUCUGGAUUACCACGUCUAUGAGGAAGACAUCAGCAUUUCUUCCAACUGGGAGGUCUUCCUGGAAGUCCUUAAUGAACCAGAAAAGAUGAAGUCAAUGUCACAGCUGGCCGUUCUGACUCGGAGAUGGAGUCCGGCUACAAUGAAGCUGGGGCCUUUCCAGGAAGUGAUUCUGGAAAGCAGCAGUGUAGAAGAACUCAAGGAGAAACUUUGUGAAAUCAGUGAUAUUCCUCUUGAAAACCUGGAAUUUGCAAAGGGCAGAGGAACGUUUCCUUGUGAUAUUUCUGUGUUGGAGAUCCACCAGGAUUUGGACUGGAACCCCAAGGUGUCGACCCUAAACGUGUGGCCUCUUUACAUCUGUGAUGAUGGAGCUGUGGUCUUCUACAGGGACAGCACAGAGGAACCUCUGGAGCUAUCAGAGGAUGAGCGCAAUGAGCUCAUGAAGAAGGAGAGCAGCCGUCUGCUCAAGACCGGACACCGUGUCAGCUACUCGCCACGCAAAGAGAAGGCCCUCAAAAUCUACCUGGACGGCGGCCCCGCGAAGGACCCGGGGCAGGACUGAGGCUUAGAGAACCACUCUUGGUUAUUUAGAUCGUCUGGCUGCCGCAGCAGAGCAACCGGGCUACUGGACUCUGAAUGUCGGGCCCGAUAGUGACUUGAAAUCAAGCAGCGUUGUGAGGCUGGUGUGCUCUCACCCUCCACUCUGAGCCCCAGGACUGGCUCAGAAACCCUAUUGUGCACUAUAGUGUAUUGUACUGUAAAGUUUAAAGGGAAGUACAAAAGCUAUUCAUACAGAAAAAGAAUCAAAUACUGUAUAGACAAAUCAACUGAAAGUAAAAGCUUCAGAGAUGGAUGCAGAGAUGAUGGGACUGUGAAGCUGGUCUGUAAGGCAUCCAUCCUGUCUAUUUAAGUCUUCAGUCUCCUUUUACAACAGACUCUUUCACUCUCCUUCCUGACACUGCGUGUUAAUCUUCCUGUUUUGGACAUAGUGUUGAUUCUGAUUCAUCUGUGGCCGUCUUGUAAGUCCGUGUGCUCACACCUUUUGAGCACUGCUUUGUUAAUGAAACCAUUUUCAUCUUAUGUUGCUCACCCAAAACCCAACAGUGCAUACAACCAAGAACUACUUACCCACCCUCCUUCAGUUUCGCCUCCUCUGGUAAGGCAAACCUCACUCUCUCAGUGACUUUGAAGUUGAAGCAUCAUUUAUAAGAUUUGCUGAAUUGAAAAAAGCAACAAUUAAGAAUUUGUAAAGGUCAUUUCUGCUCCUCCGAUGCUCCUAUAAUGCCAGAGUAAUGUGUUGUUAUGGGUCGUCCUUACUGCUGCUCUUUGUGCUUUAUAGGAGCUCUGCCUCUGUUGCAUCACUUCCACUAGACGUAGUGACACGUAGGCUAUUGGUCCUUCAACACAAAGUACAAUGAAACAAAACCAAGUAGAGUAUGUUAAGAAUCUCCUUGUUUGGUUGUAAAUUAUUAUUUUGCUCCAGACUUAAUCACUCAGUUGGGUCGUGUGAGACUUCAGGCACACAUCUGUUGUCUGUAUUUACCUUUAAUUUAGGAAGUGGGUAUCUUUGUUGUUUUGUUUUUUUGCACCAUGUGAUCUGGGUGUCUUGUGUCAUCCACGUGUGUGUGUAUAUGGUGUUGUACUGAUGGGAGGGAGCUCUCUCUGGGUUUUGUCAGAGAGCGUGAGGUUGUUUUUUGGCGCUUCUACCUGCUGCUGCUUGAUAGACAAGACACCAGAGGGUGUAGAAAGCCUGCUGGACUCCACAGUCUGCCCGGGCAACUGCUCUGAGGACUGAAGCUCAGGAUCCCAGCCCCCCGCUGGGCUUCUGAUGCUGCCACCAGCUUAUUCACUGUAGAAAUGCCAAUAUCAGAAGAAAACCUUUUUUGUUUUUUUUUCGUUGUUGUUGUUUAUUUCUUUGAGAUUUCAGAUCCUGUGUGAAAAAUAGCUAAAGAUGAUUUUAGAAAUGAAUAAAAGUGCUUUUUUUCAUAA